CUUAUUCGCACUUGCCUGAGUCGGAAAAUCUUCUGAAAUCCUGAAAGUACAGUGAAUAUAGUACAGUGACAGUGUGAAACACUUGCUUCAUUACUAGACAAUGUAGGUACAAGUUGAUCACUGACAGCCGAAAAAUAUUCGUGGCUUGGACGACAACUGUCAGCUGUAAAGCAACGGACACUGCUGGCCUAAGAAGUAGAAGUAAAGAUAAACAACAGCGUAACGACAGUACGACACCCUUCCAAUGCAUCAGUUUCAGUUUGGCGCGGCUUUUUCGGGCGCACUACCGCAGCCAACGACCACCAACCAGCGCUCUAACUCUGGUUUAGGAUCCUCGUCCAGUCACCAAGUGGGAACAAGUGGACCGGCUUCGAGCGCGACCAGUGCAGUGGACGCGCCACAACCCGUUCCGGUAGCCCAACCGUUUUCGCCGGGCGGCCAGCAAAACAUUGAUUUUGCCUCCAGAUCCUCGGCCUCCGCGACCAGCUUCGCGGAGCAACGCGCGACCUCUCCCGGGUUGUCAACAUCUUUUUCCACAGUUGGCGUCGGUGCAGCUUCCUCCUCGCGGUUGGGUGUGGGAGGCGUCGCUGCAAAUGCAACUACGCGCGCCGGUGGUGGAACUACAAGCGGUUUCAAGCUAUCCUUUGGUAAAAUGAAAAACGAUGCGGCAUUUUUAAUUUUCAAUGAAAGUGCAGAAACAGACUACUGCUUUAACAUAGGAUGGGAAUCAUCCAAAGAACCUUUUGUAGGAGUCACGCAAGAUUAUCAUCUACCGAAGAUGUUACAGGCGUCAUGCGCAAGAGCAACUUCGUGCCUUUCUACACUAAGAACCUCGCCCAGAUCCGUUUUCUGUUUUCAUAUUCUGCCGGAAAUGCCUUUUUGGCGCACCGCCCACCCGCAGGCGCAGGCCUACAGAUCCCAACCCUGCAGGGGUUGAAGACCGCUACAGCUAAUCCGUUUAGCAAGCAUUCUCUAGCAGUUUCAUCUUCGCGUCGUGGUGGUGGAAGUGCGGAGGUUCCGGCGUUUUCGCCUUCUACACCAACAGUUGACGAGAACCAGACGGCUUCCAGCUUUGGGUUUGCACCCUCGGACAGAAGUCGGGCGGGUGGUGCAGUUGUCGGCGCACAGCACCAAGAUUCCGGGAACAAUAACGCCAGCACGAGCAGCAGCAGAGGCAGAACCGCCUUUGGUCCCAGUGCAGGAGCGACCAACAACGCAGCCACUUCGGGGGCCCAGCUUGGCGGCGCGGGGGCCGCAAACCUGUCUGCUGCGCAGCAGCGCGGAUGGAGCGUGGAUCGCGGGGAGAGCGCGAUCGGUAGGGUAAUUGCCCAGCCAGCGGGGGGCGCCACGCGGUUGAAUGUCUUUCCCGGAGCGGGGCUCUCGCGACCGGGCGCAGUGUCGCCCACUUCGAUCGACAUCCAGCAGCACCAACACGCAUUGAACACGUCGCCGUGCCAAUUGCAAGCGCCCUUUGGACUCCAGCUGAGCACAGGUGCGAACCGUUUUCUUGCUUUCGUAAAGCGAAGUGCACUUUUUCGAUGGUCUUUUGGGUAGUGCUGGCGUCAUUUCCGUUUUUCUUCGAGAAAACCCUGAACCUUUUUAAAAAUUAUGAAAAACGACAUCACAUCAGGUCGACUCCACUUAAAUACCGCAAGUAGAACUUCGAGCGACAAACACGCACGAGCGACUUCUCAACCACGGGCAGAAAGUCCGUCGCUGCUGCCGACCUCUUCCCCUUCCUACGCACGGCCUACGCUCCAAGAUCUUGGUCCGAACGUCGCUCGGUCCCCACCUCGAGAACAUGAUCAAGGCAUGCUAGCGACUACUACAUCACAGCUCCACCUGCAAGGGGCACCAUCACCGCAGCACCAGGUCGGCGGGUCCUCUUCGAGUACUAGCAGGCUGCACGCUACAGUGCAGGGCGGAUUUGCAGCUCCCCCACAGCAUCAACAACAAACCCUUCAUUCGGCGAUGACGUCCUUGACUUCCUCUGCUGAUCAUUCUAGGGAGGAUGCCAGUAGUAUGAUUCCAGCGAAGAAAUCGAAGAAAGACAAAAAGGAAAAAAAGCGGUCGAAAGUAGAGCGCACACUGUCGGCGUCCAGGUCGCAAACCAGUGACACUUUACCGAGCGGGGAUGCGACGAGAAAUAGUGGGAAGAGUGAUCAAAUUCAAAACAUCGAGGAUUUUCGACAGCACGGGAAGGGCGUCGGGACCACGAGUAGUACGCGGAACAGCGGUCGGAGCAGCGGGCGCGGGGCAGCAGGUGCGGAGGAAGAGGCGGGCGCGGCUGCCGGUGUUGUGCCUGUUUCUCACUACGAUUCGUUGCAAAACAGCAGACGGGAGUUGCGAGAGGAAAUAGACGCGGAAAUGCGGGAGCGCGAGGCUCGGGCAAGCAGGCAGGAAGAACUGUAUUCUGGUCGUGUCGACGAAGCUGACAUAGACAAAUUGUGCGAACCACUUCCUCCGGGCGGGGGUCUUGGCCGCGUCUGGCACAUGGUCGAUAGAUUGAACGCGGCGAGGGCGGCGGCCGCGUCGCGAGAUGCGCCAACAGGGCGGAAACCUCCACCACCGAAUCGGGUACUUGUGAUUAUUCAGACUGAUGUCGCCCAGGGGCUAUUUGCGUGUCUAGUAUUUGAGCUGGGAACAAAAACACAUUGAUUCUGAUCGAAUUUCUUGAUGCAAACUACAACAGCGGCCCACGGAGCAGUCGGGCAACAGCACUGGGAGGGCGAGUGGAGGGCGCCAGCCUCUAGCCCGAAACUCCCGAGGCUUGAAUUCCCCCUCGUCUUCGGCAGCUACGCCGCUGGCGUCCGCGAACGCGUCGCCCACCGCGGAAGCCGCGGAGGCGCUCCUGCGCAGUCAAAACCGCAACUCCAACAACCACGUCCGGAGACGGGGCUCCGGAGCUCGCAGCAGCAGGCCGGUCGACAGUAAUGCUGCUCCUGCCGUGGUGGACCACACCAUCGCGAAUCGUCGGCGGUCUAUCGAGCUGGACGCGCGGAUGCAGCAGCAGAUUGCGCCCGAGGGUCUGCGGGACAUCGUGCUGAAGUUGGACGACCGCACGCAUUCAAAAUGGCGCGAGAUUCGAGAAAACUACCAUGUGGAACUGGAGGAAAACGAAAGCGACCGGGCCUUUCUUCACGAUCCGAACAUUACCUUAUAACGGUGCACAACUCCCCGUCCCCCUCCCCCUCAUUUGUAUAGCAUCAACGGCAAUACAAGCAUCAGAAAGAAUGCUGGUUUUGCAUGACAAAUACAAAUUUGCACUGGAUUAUAGUGCUAUUUGGGCUACCAAAACUUGUCAUGCAAACAGUGCUAAGAGGAAAACAAAGGGUAAAUUGGGUAUUUUGCAUGACAAAUGAGGGGGAGGGGGAGUUGUGCACUGUCAUAUACCUACGACGUGUUUCUGCGCGAGUACUUCACCUACAACACGAAGUUCCAGCUUAUGGCGUUCUCAACUGUUACAUUCUCAACUGUUGCAUGAGUUUGCGAUGCAAGAAUGGCAAAAGUCAAAGGGGUGACCUUGCGCGCUUGGCAUGACAGAUUUGGCACAGAUUCUCAGCCUGUUUGGCUCUUCGAGAAUUUGUCAUGCGGAGCAGCUUGAUCGUAUCAUAUCAAUUCUAAUUGUGAUUUUGCAUGACAAAUCAUGUAAUAUGAAGAAGAAAUACGCGCGAUGUUUUUCGCGGUUCUGACCCUAGAUCUCCUGCGUCCGAAGCUGCUUGCGGCGACGGUGCAAAGGUUUUUGAUGUGGUGCAGUCGGGUAUGCAUGACAAAUCAUGUAAGAGUUGAGAACGUAACGUUUGAGAACGCCAUACAGCUCCAACUCUGCGCCGUGUUGGAAGCAGCGCUGCAAGAGAACAAGCAGCUGAAGGCCGAACUCUACGACGUCGAAAAUGGCGCGCCGCUGAAACGGGAUUCCGGGGUGCGGAGAAGCAGCAACCCGGGGAGUAGCAGUGGUGCAAGUGGCUCGUCGAGCAGCGAGGUCGGGGCGAUCAGCGGUAGCAGUCCGCCACCGCGGGCGAUGUCGCAGUCCUUUCAAGGGUCGUAUCCGUAUCCCAGAGCUGGAGCGCGGCAGAGCGUCGCGCCUUCCAGGAGCGCAUACAGUUCACAGGUAAAACUAAAAAUUUCGUAGUCAAGUAACCAACAUCAGAAGUUGUUCCGGAUAUGCAUAAGCAUAUGUUCUCAUACUAUAAUUUACACUGGUUCUGGUAGCACUAGUACAUACAUGCAUGCAGCAGGUCUUGCCAAUAAACCAGGUGGCAAAUGCAGCCGAUGAGGAACAGUAUUCGACCUCCAACCGUCGCUCGGCCCCGCCGCCACCACCUAUUUCCAGCGACGAGGACGAGUUCAUUGUCGACGAAGAUCCCGCUGACCCAAUUCCAAACGGUUCCUCCUCGGCUGUCACCAAUAAAUUGGAUCAUUCAGGACCGCCGCGCACCACCUACGGGACCUCGAAGCCGCCCGCCCGGCGCCCGGGCGCAACACCAUCUUCCAGCUCAACAUCUUCCUCGGGAGCAGGUUUUCUUCCGCCUGCCCCCGACCGGCCGCCAAACAUAGGCGGCACUGCUGCUUCACCCACGGAGUCCUCAGUCGUCGGCUCCAACGUGUCUUCCUCUUUGUCGCAGCCCUCCUCCUCGCUCUCAAGAAGCGAGGUGAUCCAGCGCGGGCGAGGGGGAAUCGUGCCGCAAUCUGCCUCGACUACCAUCGAAGAGGUGGGGAACAACAAUCUUCCGUCUGCUCGGGGUCCUCUCGGGAGUAACAAGUCAGCGGAAGAUCAUGCUGCUGCAGCUCCCUCUGUCCUCCCGUCUGUCGUGGUGCAGACGACGAACAAAAUCAGCACCAGCAGUGCGAUGAGCACGACCCAGGAGGAACUAGCACGCAUACAAGCCGCAACCAGACCACUGUCCCGUGAGCCGACGAGUAGAACCAGGAGCGGGCUACAUCACGAUGCAACUUCGGUGAAGCGUGUCCGUGCGCAGUUCGUGCCCACAGAGGCGUGUACGCAAGAGGAUUUGGAUACCAGCCGGGAGAAUGUCGCGAAGGCGACCUUCGCCGACCGGCCCGCGCCGCCGCCGCCACCUGCCGGAACUACGGAUCACUCUUGCUCGCCCGACGUGAAACAUUCGACGCCGCCGCGGGUGACGGAAACGGUGGUGGACAAGCUAGACUUAACCCAGCCAAUCGACCGGGAGUGGUCGCCGAAGAAGGAACAAAACACGCCGCCGCGGCGAAUGUCGCUCGUGCCAAGUAUGCAGCAGCUGGAGAACGAAAGAAAGAUGGAGAUGAAGGAUAAGGGAGAUGCGGAGCCGGCUGGUAUAAUUCAUUUUUCAUUCGGGAACUUUUUUUUUGCAAAUUUUUACUUUCAUUUUGAACAUACUGACGCAGUACUGAAGUGAAGAACUGCGUUGCCAAAAUGCUGAUGAAAGUGGAUUUACAAAACUGCAGAUGAAGGACCAAGCUUCCAGUCACUAAAGGGGAAAGAGGCCGCCCAGGGUACUGCACAGCAGGGAUCCGCUUCCGCCUCAUCUACCUCUUCCUUCCAGCUUCUACCCCCAACAGGGCUGACAAUGCCGAGCCUUCUAGGAGGUACUACACGCGGCUUGCAGGGAGGAGCUGGUGCCUCAUCCUCCAGCUCGUCAAAUUCGCAACGAGGGCCGCUCGGCGCACUGCACCAGAGGGGAAACAACCAGAGUAGCGGGUCUGGUGCUUCGUCAGCUGCGCCGAACGGGAAUAACGACAUGAUGGGUGGCAGCGGCACCACUACCAGCGGUGACCUGGACCACGAUGCGCUAGCGUUAGCCGCCGUCAACGAACGCUUGCAGCGAGAAAGAGACAAGGUCCCCGAGCCCGGGGAGCCGAGCAUUGCGCAGCACGAUACCAUGCUCUAUUUGCUGGAUGAAAUGGAGCGAGAGGGCUCGCGGGUGCGGUUAACAGUCCCGCCCAAUUGCACGAAGCAAACGCUGUUACGGUUCGAACACAAUGGCCGGCACCACGAGGUUCCCGCGCCCGAGAACGCGAUCGAGGGGGAGGAGGUACUGUAUCGCAUUCCGAAGCGGCCACCUCUGGAGAGAAACCACGUUUACGCUGCGGCGAGGCAGAGAAAGUACUUGAACUCACUCUUUUCAAGCACCCGGUGGCGGUCUGCUGCUUCUUGUUCCUGCUAGAUCGAUAGAAGUGCCCGUGUUGCAAGAUGAUCUACAUAGCGAGGAUCUUCUUCUCAGAAGUCUCACCGUAGUUUUUACCAAAUUGAAAAAACAAAAACCAGUGACCCCCAAAUUCCGGACCGGCGCAACAUCACGGACCAAGUCCGCAUGCCCGCGAACUACCACCCUCCGAAGCAGGAUCUCGACGAGUCUUCGCACGUGAGCUUGCAAGAGCAAAUUGCGCAGGCCCCGGACAUGCUGAGUAACGCGAUUUUCACGCAGCGCCACGACCUUUAUCGCUGGAUCCGCGGCCGCAAUAUGGACCCGCUGCUGGCCUACACGCCGGAGGAAACGUUGGAACAAAUUAAGGAAGAGGACGAGGAGUAGUUGUGACGAAAGUGUUGCGUUUGCGAGCCUUGUCGUCGUCCUCGAGUCUUUUUGUGAACUGACACACCCACGCAUUCGCAAUCGAAUGUAGAAAAAACGUCGCCACACUGUAUUAACUUUAACGAGAGAUGAAUGAGAAUAGUCGAAAAAGUGAUGAGAAACAAAGGUAUAUCUUUCGAAGAAUGGGAAAACCAAUGCUAUUUGUACAUAGAAGAACAAGAAUCUGAGCAGUGAAAAUACUGCCAGAGAUCCUCGACGUCUUUUUGCGCAUGGGAAAAACGACUUUAACUUUCAUUUUGCCCUUUAAUUUUUUGACAAUCACCUGUUUUGCCUCUCCACUGCAGUUUUUUUCACUGUUUGCUUGAACAGCUUUGUCUUUCUGUAUAUGUUGCAGCUGCCGCGCUGAAUUUUUUCCAAUGAUGACUUGAGGGGAAUAUAAUUGACGCCUGCUUUUCUGUGUACCUAUCUGGCCACCCACUGACAAUGACAAAGAAUCAAAAUGAAAAGAGAAAGACCGCAAAGCGUUGUGAUGAGGUAAUUUUCAUAUUGCGCCUUCAGCUUUACGCACAUCUUCUAGUCGUAGCCCCGUUCGCAGGCUUCACCAGGCUGCGUACAAAUCUUAGCAAGGAGUAC